AUGUCGCAGCUGCAGGCGGCGGCGGCGUCAUCCAGUGGAGCUCCUACUACCCCUGCACUUGAAGCCGACCUCGAGGGGAAGCUCCUCCUGCACGACGACAACGUGUCGCCACCGGCAGCGCCGCCGCAGAUCAAGCGAGGGGAGCGGCGCCAGCCUCGUGAGGGCGGCGCCGACGUCGUCGGUGACCAACGCGAGAGGUUCCUUCGCGCGUACGACCGCCUACGGGACGAGCUCCUCGACGACGACUCGUGCGACUGUGCGAGCUCACCGACGAGGCCAGGCGCUGGGUCGCGCAGUUUCAAGCAUGUGCAUUGCUACUUGAUGAUAUCAUGGAUGAUUCUCAUACAAGGAGAGAUCAGAUUUGUUGGUCUUCAUGGCAUAAACGACGGUAUUGUACUGAAAUGCCACAUCGCACGCUUGAUAAAAAAGUACUUUAGAGAAAAGCCUUACUACAUAGACAUCUGUGAACUAUGGAACGAGAUAGCAUUGCAGACUUCGCUUGGACAGAUGCUUGAUCUUAUCAGCACACAUAAUGUGGCGAAUGACGUUGCAAAAUACAAUAUUGAAGUGUACCGUCGUAUUGUCAAGUACAAGACAUCUUACUACUCUUUUUAUCUUCCUGUGGCUUGUGCAUUGCUGUUGUAUGGCGCAAAACUUGAAAACUUCAGUGGCCUAAGGGAUGUGCUUAUUGAAAUGGGCAUAUAUUUUCAGGCACAGGAUGAUUAUUUGGAUUGCUUUGCAGAUCCUAAUACAAUAGGGAAGAUUGGAACUGAUAUUGAAGAUCACAAGUGUUCCUGGUUAAUUGUACAAGCUCUUGGCCAUGCCAACAGUGACGAGAUAGAAGUACUGCUGAAAAACUAUGGAAAGAAGGAUUCAACUUCGGUUUCAAAAGUGAAAAACACUUAUUCUACUCUUGAUUUGAAGGACAUCUUCUCUGAGUUCGAAGAUCGAGCUUACAAACACUUGGUCACAUCUAUUGAAGCUCAAAAUGAUCGCACGGUGCAGGAGAUCCUGAAAUCCUUUCUGAAGAAAAUCCAUCGCCGAAAGAAGUAG